CUGACACUUUCCCCUCCCUUAUCACCCCUGCUUUCGGUGGAAUACGAUAAGGAUACGGUUUGUGAGGUUAUGAAAAUAAGUUUACAGAAUGGUUGUUAAACUUGUAGCAAACAAAUCAAACCCACCUAUUGGUGGUCUGCUGGUUGCCAACUUCAUCAAAUCCACGAACCCUGUCUCUGUGGAAUGGGGGAAAAAGAACUGUCUCGACAUAGGUAACAACAUCUGUUUUGACACCGUACCUACAAUCAGCCGAUACUUGGCUCGAAUUGCAUCCUCUCACGGGUUGUAUGGGAGCACUGUGUUAGAGCGAACAGAGGUGGAUCAUUGGCUGACAUUCAGCGUUGGGCCAUUGGUGUGUGCGAGGGAGUUUACGGAGGCUCUCCUGUACCUCGACAAGAUGCUGGGACCAGUGACCUACUUGGUGGGAAACAAACUGACCAUUGCAGACUUUGCGGUGUGGGGUGCGCUCUACAGCAGCCAGCAGUGGAGCGCGCUGUCGGGCUCCGGCAAGGGCCCGGACAACGUGGCCCGCUGGUUCGACUUCGUGCGGGGCCUGGAGCCCGUGGCGGACGUGCUGGCGUCGCUGCCCGAGGAGGCGAGGGCGGGCGCUGGCCGGCCGGCCAGGAAGGAGGAGGGCAAGUUCGUGGAGCUGCCCGGCGCGGAGAUGGGCGAGGUCGUCGUGAGGUUCCCCCCGGAGGCCAGCGGCUAUCUGCACAUAGGUCAUGCAAAGGCAGCACUUCUGAAUCAGUACUACCAGGAGGCCUUCAAGGGCAAACUUAUCAUGAGGUUCGAUGACACGAACCCAGCGAAGGAGAAGGUGGAUUUUGAGAAGGUGAUACUGGAGGACCUGGAGAUGCUGCAGGUGAAGCCGGAUGUGUUCUCGCACACGUCCAGCCACUUCGACACGAUGCUGGGGAUGUGCGAGGAGCUGCUCCGCGGGGGGAAGGCCUACGUGGAUGACACGGAGCCCGAGCAGAUGAAGCUGGAGCGCGACCAGAAGACAGAGUCCCGGAACAGGAACAACAGUGUGGACCAGAACAUGAAGUUGUGGCAGGAGAUGAAAGAAGGAACAGAGUUGGGGCAGAAGUGUUGUGUACGGGCGAAGAUCGACAUGUCGUCUGUCAACGGCUGCAUGCGAGACCCCACCAUCUACCGCUGCAAGAACGAGCCUCAUCCUCGAACGGGCACAAAGUACAAGGUGUACCCCACGUAUGACUUUGCCUGCCCCAUCGUGGACAGCGUGGAGGGCGUGACACAUUGCCUGCGCACCACGGAGUACCAUGACCGGGAUGACCAGUUCUACUGGUUUGUGGACCAGCUGGGGCUACGCAGGCCUUACAUCUGGGAGUACAGCCGCCUCAACAUGACCAACACUGUGCUGUCCAAGAGGAAGCUGGCCUGGUUCGUGGAGCAAGGUCUCGUGGACGGCUGGGAUGACCCUAGGUUCCCCACUGUCCGCGGCAUUUUGCGUCGUGGCAUGACGGUGGAAGGCCUCAAGCAGUUCAUCGUGGCCCAGGGAUCAUCACGCUCGGUGGUUGUCAUGGAGUGGGACAAGAUCUGGGCCUUCAACAAGAAGGUGAUAGACCCAGUGGCGCCCCGCUACACUGCCCUGGAGGCGGAGGGCAGGGGCACAGUCCCGGUGCUCGUGGAAGGCGUGACAGAGGAGCCGCAGCAGGUGCCCAGGCACCCCAAGAGCCAGGAGGCGGGGACCAAGACGGUGUGGGUCGGACCCCGCGUCCUCAUCGACUACGCCGACGCAGAGGUGCUGGUGGAAGGGGAGAACACCACGUUCAUCAACUGGGGGAACCUUCUCGUCAAGAAGAUCAACAGGCAUAAUGGAAAAAUCAUAUCGGUGGAAGCUAAGCCAAAUUUGUCAAACAAGGACUACAAAAAAACCACGAAGCUGACGUGGCUAGCAGAAACAGAGAGUGCGCCAUUUGUCUCGUGUGUGUGCGUGUUCUUUGACCACAUAAUCUCCAAACCUGUUCUUGGCAAGGACGAUGACUUCAAACAAUUCCUUGGAACCAACACAAGGACUGAGGUUCGCAUGCUGGGUGACCCAGAGCUUGUAAAUGUCAAGAAGUCUGAGAUCAUUCAGCUUCAGAGGCGUGGCUUCUUCAUUUGUGACAAUGAAUACAGGCCGGCUAGUGUACACUCAGGAAGAGAAUCACCUAUAAUCUUGUUUGCUAUACCAGAUGGUCAUGCCAAAGAACAGCCCACUACAGGAGCACCCAAGAAAGCAAAGGAAUUAACUCCCAAAGAGAAGGUGCAGUCUGCCAAAGGAAAAACAUCUGAAAAGUCCCCAGUUGAUGAAAUUGCAUCUCAUAAGAGGAGUGCACAAGAAAUCAGCACGCUCAUUGCUCAACAAGGCGACAAAGUGCGGAGCUUAAAGUCGGAAAAGGCUGCUAAGGAUGUGAUUGAUGCAGAGGUGAAAGCCUUGCUGUCUCUGAAAGGGGAGUUCAAAGCAUUGACCGGUGAAGACUGGAAGCCGUCGUCUGCACAGGCGCCUGGUGGCCAGGGCGUGGACUCCCUCGGCUCGAAGAUCGCCCAGCAAGGGGACAGGGUGCGUCAGCUGAAGGCGGAUAAGGCGGACAAGAAUGUCGUGGACGCGGAGGUGAAAGCGCUGUUGGCUCUGAAGUUCGAGUACAAGGAGCUGACGGGCGCGGAGUGGAAGCCGACGACGGUGCAGCCGUCUCCGGAGGAACUGGACAAGAAGAUAACGGACCAAGGGGACAAAGUUCGCAAGCUAAAGACGGACAAGGUGGAAAAGAAUCUUAUAGACGAAGAAGUGAAGGUGCUUCUGGGUCUGAAAGCAGUCUACAAGUCGGUCACGGGCCAGGACUGGAAGCCGGGAGCGACCGUACCGAAGAAGACGUCGAGAGACUCCGGGGAGAACCUCGCGGACAGAGUUUCCCGGCAGGCGGACAAAGUCCGCAAGUUGAAAGCGGAGAAAGUCGACAAGAACGUGAUAGAUUCGGAAGUGAAGAUCUUGCUGUCGCUGAAGUUGGAGUACAAGUCGGCGACCGGGGAGGAGUGGAAGGCCCCCGCUGCGUCGCCGGUGAAGAGCGCCAUGGCCUCGAGCGCGGCAGUGGUGAAGGACAGUACCGCGCUCGCCCAGCAGGUGACGGAGCAAGGCAACAAGGUGCGGCAGCUCAAGUCGGGCGGCGGCGACAAGGCCACUGUAGACGGUGAGGUGAAGAAACUGCUGGAGUUGAAGGCUGAAUACAAGAAGGUCACCGGAACUGACUUCCCCGCUGGAGGGGGCGAGCGGCCAACGUCCAAGGGGAAGGCUCCUCCGGCCAAGAAAGCACCAGCCCAGCAGCCAGAGGCCAAAGAACUAAGCACAGAUGCUCAGAAGAAACAAACUCGGCUCGGCCUGGAAGCCACGAAGGAAGGUAAUCUUCCUGAAUGGUACAGUCAGGUGCUGACGAAAGCAGAGAUGAUAGAGUACUACAACGUCAGUGGGUGCUACAUACUGCGACCCUGGGCCUUCGCUGUGUGGGAGGCGAUCACAGCCUUCUUUGACGCAGAGAUCAAGAAGCUUGGAGUCCAGAACUGCUACUUCCCACUGUUUGUUUCCAAGUCCAUGCUCGAGAAGGAGAAGGCGCAUUUGGAGGACUUCGCGCCGGAGGUUGCGUGGGUGACCAAAUCGGGAGAUACGGAGCUGGCGGAGCCCAUCGCCGUGCGUCCCACCAGCGAGACGGUGAUGUACCCUGCGUUCGCCAAGUGGAUCCAGUCCCACCGAGACCUGCCCCUGAAGCUGAACCAGUGGAACAACGUGGUGCGCUGGGAGUUCAAGCACCCACAGCCCUUCCUGCGCACCCGCGAGUUCCUCUGGCAGGAGGGCCACACCGCGCACGCCGGCAAGGACGACGCCUGCCAAGAGGUCACCACCAUUCUCGAACUGUACAGACAGAUCUACACCGACAUGAUGGCUAUUCCCGUCAUCAAAGGACGCAAGUCGGAAAAAGAGAAAUUUGCUGGGGCAGAUCAUUCACUCACUGUAGAAGGGUUUAUUUCAGCGAGUGGUCGUGGCAUUCAGGGUGCAACAUCUCACCACUUGGGUCAGAAUUUUUCCAAGAUGUUCGAAGUUGUUUAUGAAGAUCCAGAGACAAAAGAGAAGCAGUAUGUGUACCAGAACUCGUGGGGUAUAACUACUCGCACCAUAGGCGUAAUGGUGAUGGUUCAUGGAGACAAUAAAGGGCUGGUUCUUCCUCCAAGAGUUGCCUGCAUUCAGGUGGUGUUGGUGCCGUGCGGCAUCACUGCCAGCUUGGCGGAGAGCGAGCGCAAGGCCUUGCUGAGCGCUUGUGGGGAACUGGAGGCUGAUCUGAGGGCAGCGGGCAUCAAGGUGAAGGGCGACUAUCGCGACAACUACUCCCCGGGAUGGAAGUUCAACCACUGGGAAGUGAAGGGUGUUCCGGUGCGGGUGGAGCUAGGCCCCAAGGACCUGAAGCAGCAGCAGCUGGUGGCCGUGCGAAGGGACACCGGCGACAAGGUCACGCUGAAGCGGGCCGAGGCGGUGCAGGGCCUGUCCUCGCUGCUCGGCUCCAUCCACGACACGCUCCUGGAACGAGCCAGCCGCGACUUGAGCGCCCACACCAAGCUCACCAAGACCUGGGGGGAGUUCCCGGGCCUGCUCGACGACAAGAACAUCAUCCUGGCACCUUUCUGCGGGGAGCCGGCGUGCGAGGAGCUGAUCAAGAAGGAAAGUGCGAGGGAGGAAGCACUGGAGCCCGGGGCCCCAGCGAUGGGGGCCAAGACACUCUGCAUCCCCCUCGAUCAGCCUGCUGCCAUCCUGCCGGAAGACAAGUGCAUCCACCCAGCCUGCUCGAAGAAGCCACUCUACUACGGGUUGUUUGGUCGCAGUUACUAGACUGCCACUGCCAGAUACAAAGAUUUAUUGUGAAAUAAGUAGGUGACUGAAAAGCAGCAGUAAAGGUUUUAUUUAUGAAA